AUGAACACAACCUUCAACUCAGCUCUCAAGCAGAGCACCUCAAUCCGCAAAGACCUCGCCGCCCUCUCCUCGCACGAGCACGAGCUCGACCCAACCUCCCUCACGCCCGCCGCCCUGGGCUCUCUCUCCGCCUCGCUAACCGCCUUCAACCGGACCAUCGACGAAUACAACCACCUAGCCAAGCAGGAGCUCAACGCCGCCAAGCAAGAAAAAGCCUACGAGAGGAUACGCAGCUUCCGCUCGGAACUGCACGACUUCCGGACGCAGCUGGACGCGCUCAAGUCCAAGCGCGAGGAACACAUGCACGCGCAGAACCGCGCCGAAUUAUUGGGUCGAAGACCGUUUGUGGCUAGUACGCCUGAGAACCCGUAUGCUUCGUCAGCUUCGGCGUCGGCGACAGCGACCGCGACGAGUGGUGGAUAUGGAAUAGGCUCACAUUCGCACGCCAGGACUAAUAGUAUGGCCGAGGCGGGGAGGUUGCAAAGUAGCAGCGUGUUGGGCUCAGGGGACGCGAGUCGCGAGCAGCAUGCGCUGCGGGAGCAGGAUUUCUUCCGGAGCACGCACUCGGCGCUGGACGAUUACAUUGCGCGGGGCCAGGCGGUGCUGGGCGAUCUGAACCAGCAGAGGGAGAUCAUGAAGAACACGCAGCGGAAGCUGUACUCGGUCGGCAACACGCUGGGGAUCAGUGGCGAUACCAUCAGGAUGAUUGAGAGGAGAGCAAAGCAGGAUAAGUGGAUCUUUUGGGGAGGCGUGGUGGUUUUCUUCUUGUUCUGCUGGUUGGUGUUGCAUUAUUUGAGGUGA